CGCCUGCGCCGCGCCCGCUGAGGGAAGCGCUAAGAUGGCGGCGGCCGCCUCAGGGCGGUGGCGAUGGCGGUGGUGAGGGGCGUAGCGGUCAGAGAGAGCGCUGAGGGGGCUUGCUCCGAGCCGCCAUGCCCAAGUACUACGAGGAGAAGGAGGAGGACGGGCGGGCCUGCGGGGGGGUGCGGGAGGACCUGAGGCAGUGCCUGCUGGAGAGCCCCUGCGUGCUGCAGGAGAACAAAAGCCCCAAGCAAUGCUUGAGGGAAGGACACUGUAGAAGCUUGCAAAACACGUUUUUUGCGUGCAAAAGGUCGAUGUUGGAUGCCAGGGCAAGAUUCAGAGGAAAGAAAGGGUACUGAUGUCCUCGUGGAAGAGACCCAGCUGUGGGAAAUCAGGAUUCAUCAGCACGUUAACUGAAACAGAGGCUUAAGUAAGAAGAUUGCAUCUGCAGCGUCCUUUUGUGCAGUAUUUUCAUAGAAGGUAUCUACUGCUGAGAAUUGUGACAGAUUGACCUGGAUGUGCAUUUAAAUGUUAAAAAGAAGGCGUGCAUAAAGCUGCGAGUUCUGGCCAAAAUGGGUACCUGUCAUGCACUUGUAAUAAAAUAUGUAAAAUCCAGAGUAAGCUGCAAAAGUUAUUGCUGUGUUUUGAAGUUAAAUUUCAGUUAUACCAACUCUGAUAAUGUAUUAUUUGCAACUGUAAAACAGAAUUACAGACUUGGGACUGGUACUUGACUGGUACGCCAGAGGAUACCUCAGCACAGAGAUGUUUCUGGAGUUGAUGUGUUGACCAAGGUUAUGAAACGUGUGUCCAAGCUGCUUCCUUCCCAGUAGGUUUGUUACACAAUAACCCUGAACUAAUAGGUAGGAGUGGCGAUGUUUUGCAGUGCCACAUGAUCAAGGAUGGCAUCUUUUCCCUUGUGCUACAAAUGCCUGUUAAUAUGAUGUUGGUGUGUACCUGUUCGUUAGCAUGGUCUAGUUGUCCGAUGGGACAACUAGAUUAAAAUCUGGUUUCGCUAAAUUAAAAGAUGUCUGAUUAAUCUUA